AUGGUUGCCCUGGAGUACUACAAGGUCGUGACGAUGUCAAAUCCUGCAAGCCCAAAAAAGAAAUUAGUCAUUCAGACAAUUGAGUGUGACUACAGCAGCACAUGCAGCAAUAGAACAGAUACUGGAAAAGUGACAUUUUUUACCAAAUGUGCAAAUACAAUAAAACCCAGAGUAAACAAGGACUGUGCCCUAUUGAACUGUAGCCAGUGUCAGAAAAAUAAAGUGAAGGGGCAUUUUGACAGACUUACAUUUGGAGACAUCAGCUCAGAAUGCAUGUCCAGAGUGACUUGGAUGCUAGUGUCCACUGUGUUUUUUGUUGGUGUAAGUGGAACUCACAAGGAAUUGUUAACACUUGGUGUCUCCAACACCACCUUUGGGGGACCAUUAGUGACCAUCACUACUGGUCGGUGCUGGCUGACUCUGCUGACAGGUGACCGGCAGUCUGCUUGGACUGCUGGUGGACCUGGCAUGAGAUACCUUUCUGUUGAUGUUCUCCAACAGGACUGGGAAUUCCCACAUUUCAUGGGGGACGUUGACGUCAACCUCCCUGGGCUCCACACUCCACACAUGCAGUUCAAGAUCCCUUUUUUAAAGAAGAUCUUCAAAGAGGAAUAUCGUAUUCACAUAACAGGUAAAUGGUUUAACUAUGGAAUUAUCUUUCUUGUCUUGAUUUUGGAUCUUAAUAUGUGGAAGAAUCAGAUAUUUUAUAAGCCUCAUGAAUAUGGACAGUAUAUUGGUCCAGGACAGAAGAUAUAUACAGUGAAAGACUCAGAAAGCUUAAAGGAUUUGAACAGAACUAGGCUAUCCUGGGAAUGGAGAUCCAAUCACACUAACCCACAGACAAAUAAAACAUAUGCCGAGGAGGACUUGUUCUUACACAGCAGGUUCAUAGGGGCUAGCCUCGAUGUCAAGUGUUUGGCUUUCGUUCCAAGUUUGAUAGCUUUUGUGUGGUUUGGGUUCUUCAUCUGGUUCUUUGGGCGGUUUCUGAAAAAUGAACAAGGCAUGGAGAACCAAGACAAAACUUACACUCGUAUGAAAAGGAAAUCCCCAUCAGAACAUAGUAAAGAUAUGGGAAUCACGCGAGAGAACACCCAGGCCUCUGUGGAAGACCCAUUGAAUGAUCCUCCCUUGGUCUGCAUCAGAUCUGACUUCAAUGAGAUUGUCUACAAGUCUUCCCACCUAACGUCGGAAAACUUGAGCUCACAUUUGAACGAAUCUACCAGCACCACAGAAGUUGACCCAGAUCCAGUGACUUCUAAAAGUACACCUACGAACUAGACUCACUUGACGAUAGCACAAAAAACAACCUGGAGUGUCCCUUUAAAGAGUUAGUCUUUCCUUUUGUAAAUGUAAGGUUUACGUAGUCUUAGGUCAAGGAAUACCAACAAAGCCACAACGGUGCUCAACAUGCUUUUUCUAGGACCCAUUGUUUUCUAUUUGUAUUAUGAGACACGUGCCUACUGUCUAUCUAACGGUCCUCUAGAGAUUGCUUUUCACAACUGCACAAGCUAUUUACUGACUUGACAGCAUAGUAGAAUAUUAGCUAAUUACCUGUGUAUCUCAUGUUCAACCAUAGUGGUGCCUUGAGACAUUAAACUGUUUUUAACUGUACCAGAAAUGAAGUGUGGAACAGUUCUCUAACCUACUUCACAUAGGUUUUUUGUAUCCUAUUCUUUGAUCUACACUUGAUGUCUGAGCAGGACACAGAACAGCCAAGAUGUGGCUCAGGAAGUGUUUCUUGGCUUAUAAUUCAGCGGCAGAACUACUGACUUUGACAACUGGACUACAGAGAAGCAUGGUGAUCACCUUCACAUUGGCUGGCUCUCUGCCAAAUCCAAAUCCAGAUGCAAAAUCCAGUAACAGGAGAAGGAUAAUCUAGCAUGGGUCACUACUUGUGAAAUGUGACUUUCUCUAACCAGGAAUUGCAAUUAGAUGAUAAUACCUAAUUAUGUUUUCCUAAUUAAAGAUAAAUUGAGACUUGAUUAAAAUUCCUGCCCUUCGCCUUUGAGAACAAAGGUUAAGAGGCACAGUUGGGUGAAUUCUCAAAGUUAUUGGCAUUUAUGCAAAGCCCUAGAAAACAAGAGGAACUGAACUUUUAAUCGUGUGAGGGUUGCAGAUCCUACCAUCGAUGAUGUGUGUACAUCUUUCUGUAAACAUGGCUUAGGACAGUGAAAAUUGAAAAACAUAUGCCAAUCUUGGCAAGGGGACUCCUCUAAAAAUCAUGCAGCAGAAUUACGGGAGGUAGAAAAAGACAUGCAUGAAAGAAUCUGUCUAGUGGCUUGUAUGUGUGCAUUUCUUUCUUUUUUUUUAAGAAUUAAACAUCGCACAUUAAUAAAUAAGAAUUAUA